AUGCGGGGAGUUGUCACCGGCCUUGGUCUCGUAGCUUCGAUACUCCGAGCUUUGCGUACCGAACGAUUGAUGAGGGGAAUUAUUCCCAAAGGAAUUCACUCUCACAACGACUACUGGAGGGACGUUCCCUUAUUCAGUGCCAUUGCGGUCGGAGCUAUUUCGGUUGAGGCAGAUGUGUGGCUGUGGGACAACGAACUUUACGUCGGACAUGAUCCAUCGUCCCUGACACAAAACCAACAGAAUCCCAAGAGUUCAUUUCCAUACACAAAUAACACGCGAUAUGGUGUUUUUGACACGGUAAUCGACCAAACACUGUACCUGUUUGUUGACGUCAAGACCGACGGGAACACAACGUGGCCCCUGGUAAUCAAACAGCUCGAACCGCUUCGUGAGGGCGGAUGGCUCUCGUAUUGGGACGCCGAGACUGGUGUUCUGCGCCCGGGUGCUGUCACCGUUGUCGGAACGGGCAAUACCCCAUUUGAUCAGAUACAAGCGCAUACAACUUUACAUCGUGAUGCAUUCUAUGACGCCCCCAUCACUUCAUUCAUUAUUGCAUCCGGAUCCUUGGCCAAUGCUCUGGGCGGUUCCAUGUCUGGAAGCACGUUCAACGAUACGCAAAUUGAUAUAUUGGCCAGGCAAAUACAAGGUGCCCACGCAGCCGGAGUCAAGGUUCGAUACUGGGAAACACCGGGAUGGCCGUUGUCCAAGAGAGAUUAUGUCUGGAAGACGCUGGAGGGCUUGGGUGUUGACUUGUUAAACGCCGACGAUAUCCAGGCUGCAGCGGGGUUAAAGGAGGUCUGGUAG